AUCGCAUUCCUCUGAAUGUUUAGUUUCGCCACGCUGAGCCUUGGUGCGGUUGCAGGUGCGCGGAGCGCGGGGAGCCCCGCGAGGCACCUGCUAUGGGCUGAGGGCGACGAGUGCACGCCGCCCGCCAUCCUCGAGUUCCCGCCGGACCUCUUCACGCGGGAGCAGCGCCAGGCCGGCGCCGCCGUGCUGCACGGGCUGCUGGCGUGCUACCUCUUCGUGCUGUUCGCCGUGGUCUGCGACGAGUACUUCGUGCCCAGCAUCAAGAAGCUAUGUGCAAACCUACGCAUGACCGAGGAUGUCGCCGGCGCCACCUUCAUGGCCGCGGCCACCUCCUCGCCGGAACUGUUCAUCAACCUGGUGGGCACCUUCGUGACGGAGGGCGACAUCGGCGUGGGGGCCGUGGUGGGCAGCGCGGUCUUCAACAUCCUGGCCGUGCCGGCGUGCUGCGGCCUGUUCGCGGGGACGGCGGUGGCCCUGGACUGGUGGCCGGUGACGAGGGACUGCGUGGCGUACGGCGUCACCGUGGUGCUCCUGAUCCUCACGCUGCGCGACGGGCGGGUCGAGUGGUACGAGGCGCUGCUCCUGGUCAGCGUGUACCUGCUCUACCUCCUCAGUGAGUGCCGACUCUGGAGACGCUCAUGCUGC